GGCACUGCCCCAGGGAUCCAGCAUCGCGCAGAGAAGAGCUUUGCAGCCUGCUCAUCUCCAGCCCCGCUUGUGCAUCCCUCGGUCCUUGCAGCACUAUGAAGGUCCUCGCUGCCAGCCUGGUCGCUCUCCUCCUCGCGGCCACCUGCUCCCCAUCAGAGGCCCAUCUUGAUGGUGUCCCCAGCACCUGCUGCUUCAGCUACCGGCAACAACCCAUCCCACGGAGCCUCAUCGCCUCUGUCUAUGUCACCAGCAGCAGCUGCUCCCAGCCAGCCGUGGUCCUGGUCACCAAGAAGAAGAAGGAGCUGUGUGCGGACCCCCAAGCAGCCUGGGUGCAGGCGCAUCUGAAGCACUUCCAGACCAUGAAGAACUGACCCUUCUCUGCUGCCACCCACGAUGCCCGUGGCACUGCCCUCAGCGAGCUUGGCUUCCAGCCCCAAGUACUUGAACUUCAGCCUUCUUCAAUGGGAAAAUAUCUUCUAUUUAACUUAUUUAAGUGAAACUAAGUAUUUAUUUUUAAGUAAAUUGAAAAUAUAAGAAUAAACUUUUAUUAAGGAGGCU